GUAACAGUACACAAUUGUCCACGUCAUUUUCUAAAUAUAGAGGCCAUCAGGGUCUGUCAGGAACAUUCCCAUCCCUCAUGGGAAACUUACCAGGGUCAAAUGGAACACAGCGAAACGAAUGUUCUGCGUCCACAUGAUUUCAUAUCAUCUCACAGGCGGUCCUCUCGGAGCUAGUACUUGCAACCCUUGCAAUGUUCCAUGCUCUCCAUGAUCAUUACUUUUCUGUCCUUGCCGAUAUCCGCAUCACCCAUUCAACAUAAUGUAUUCACUUGGGAAACUUCCGUUGGGAUACCUAAAUCAGGAAGAUCUAAGAUAUAUACUCCGUACACUUUCUCGAAGCUGAGCCUCGCAAAAGGCGCGCGCAUUUGGAGGAUGUCGAUCAAUGAUGGAGCAUCAGAUCCAGCGGCUAUCACACGCCAGCAACCAGAUCUGCCUCAAAGAUAGUUACAAAGCGGCAAGAAUCCACAGACAGAUCACUUUAGUGAGAACUAAGGAGGCCGCUCCGAGAAUGUACUCUAGAGCAUGAAGGGUCCGCUCCACUAGUACACCCUUCCAGAAUCCGCACCGUACCGCAACGGCGCGGAUAAGGACCGUGGGAACAGUAAUUGAUGCUAAACUACGUGAUUCUGGUUCAAAG